GUUCCAUCUUCUAGAACUGAAUAGGCUAGCGAGAGAAGAAGAACGCCGCUCGAAGCCAAGCUCCGCCGGCUCCCCACCCCCCACAGCAUGCCUUCCAGGCCCUAGCCGCUCAGAUCUGAGCGCCUCACCCUCGCCCUCGCCGAUGGCUUCCUACGAGAUGGAGUUGGCUUGGCACCUCCUCACGGUGCUCGUCCGCCUCGGCCGCGCCGCCGCCGCCUCGGACCUCGCGGCCGCCGCCGCCGCUGUGUCCCUCUCCGUCUCACCGGAUUUAGUCGAGCGGAUCUGUCGUAUCCCCGAGUCUCCGCUGCGAAUCUCCGGCGGCGGUGUGGUGACAAUCUCUGAGACGGCCGUCCUGACAUUUCUGAGGUUCCUGGGGUGGGAUGUCCAGGCCCCGAGGAUGCGAUUGAGGCAUCCCGAGGUGAGGAGGUGGCGAGGGGAGGUGUACCAGCGCAAGCGGAAAGUGUCGGACGCGAGCUGCCUCAGCAGGAAGAGGCGCCGACUACUGGCGCCGGACGCAGAUUUGAUGGAACACAGCGAGCAUCAAUUGAAUCAGCUGGUUGCACAAAUCUGUGCCCCUGCUGCUAUUGGAGAGGUACAUUUGGAGGUUAUGGAACAGUUGCGGGAUAGGCUUCCCACUCUCAGCACAUUUAUUGGUGAACCUUCCUUAGGGUUCUCAACUGGGGUUACUCUUGUUCCCAAUUUCGCUAAAAUUACAAUGCUGUGUCUUCAACCCAAACUUGACCAGUCUCUUAGCGGUGAUGAUGGCACAGUUCUGAGGAACAUGGCUUUAGCGCUGGUUCCAGAACAUUUUUCAGAUUGUUCUGUCAAUCUUCCUCCACUUGAUGCUGAGAAAUCAAAAAACAUCGAUGCAAAAGCUGAUGGUAGAAGUAGUAGGAUUGAUGAAUCUGAACAAGCUUCAUUCCUUAAGUGUAGAGUAGAGGAUAGUGAUGAUCUACAAAAUGUGACUAUCUGUCCCAUGACUAUUCGUGCUGUUGUAGCUGGGGAAAGCAAAAUUGGUGCUGAUGAAGACGUAAAUCUUGUUUGCAAAAAUCCAGGCAGCUCAAUCAAUUAUAAAACGAAACAAGCAGAUAGUAUAGAGGCAUUUGAUAUGAUUCCAAAUCAAGCAGAUGCUCUACAGUACAACUGCCCAAAUGCUGGUCAUCAUGAGAGUGUCUCAGCUUGUGGUCAGGAAAUGAGUCCACUUGGUGCUACUACAUGUGCAGAAGUUUGUAAGGAAAAGACAGCACAAAUUUUGUUCCAGCCUCCUAUGGACACCAAAGCUAGAUCUAUAGCACCUCAAAUGAACAGAAAUAGUGAACCUGAAGCAUUGCCGCAAGAAGGUACAAGGUAUGACUGUAUUGACACGAGGAACCCAAACAUUGUUGAUGAAAAUAGAGGAAGCAAAUAUCUAAAUCAUGGAGAGCAGGCCUUGAAUGAGGCGGAAGCCAAUAUACUCAAGAAUGGUCAGGAUCAAAUAGUUGUGAAGAAAAACGUGAAGAGCAAGAAAAAUGAACAGCCCAAAGAAGAUAAGGACUGCUUUGCAACAAAGGCUCAAAAGGGCCAUGUAGUGCCAAAACCACUUCCUAGCUUCAAGGGUUUUGUCAUAGAAGAGGAGGAAGGGUCUGGAGGUUACGGGACUGUUUACAGGGCUCGGAGGAAAAGAGAUAUAUUUGCUAUAAAAUGUCCUCACCCAAAUGCUCAUCCACACCAUGUUAACAAUGAACUAAAGAUGUUGGAGCGUUUUGGAGGCAAAAACUGUGUGAUUAAAUAUGAAUGCUCUUUGAAAAGUGGUGACCUAGAGUGCUUUGUUCUAGAACAUGUUCAGCAUGACCGACCAGAGAUUUUAAAAAAGGACAUAGGUUUGCUUGAGUUGCAGUGGUAUGGGUACUGUCUGUUCAGAGCUCUCGCAAGCUUACAUAGAGAGUGGGUAGUGCAUAGAGAUGUCAAACCUGGGAACUUCCUCUUCUGUCGCAAAGUGAUGAGGGGGUAUCUUAUUGACUUCAACCUGGCAAAUGAUCUCCACCAGAAGUUCUUGAAAAACUGUAAAUCUGAGACAAUUUCAUGUGGGAAGGAUACCACAUCUCAAACUGUAUCAAAAUUCACCCCAGUAGUUCAUGCCACGGAAGCAGCUGCUGAUUCAAAGCAACCUCUUCCUUUGAAGAGGAAAAGAUCCAGUAGAAGCCCAGUGGAUAGUGCACCUAAGAUCGACAAUAAAAGUAAGCAUGGUAACCAAGCUGCUGAUGUAUCUGGUGUAACCUCUGCGAAGGAUCCUACAAGCACAAAAGCAUCACUAGAUAGGUUAAAGCAGCCAGUGCCUUACAAAGGGCGAAAGGAAUUAAUGAACUUCUUGCAUGAGACAAUGCAAAGUCCCAACAAAAAUACUGUGCCUCCUCCUGUUUCCCAAAGGAAGAGGGUCGCUGCUCCUUUUGGUAAUGUGGAUCGAAAGCUCUUUAUGCUGACUCCAAUGCCUCUGCGUUCUGGUGGUAGUGCUGUUGCUGGUUCUGGCAUGUUAAACAACAAAGUUGUAGGACAUGGAAAACAUCGAAGAGAAGGUCCGUGUGUUGGAACUAAAGGAUUCCGGGCUCCAGAGGUUCUCUUUAGGUCUUUCCACCAGGGUUGUAAAGUUGAUGUCUGGUCAGCUGGGGUGACGCUUCUGUACUUCAUAAUUGGCAGAACACCUUUUGGUGGAGAUCCUGAACAAAACAUCAAGGAAAUAGCGAAGCUGAAAGGCAGUGAAGAGCUAUGGGAAGUAGCAAAAUUGCACAACUGCGAAUCUUCAUAUCCAUCAGAUCUCUUUGAUGUCAAAUCGUUGCACUCGGUGGAUCUAAGGCAGUGGUGUGCAGCCAAUACACGCAGGCCAGAGUUCCUCAAAUCAAUACCGCAAUCAUUUUUUGACCUGGUGGAUAAGUGCCUGGCUGUCAACCCCAGGUGCAGGCUCAGUUCAGAGGAUGCGCUCAUGCAUGAGUUCUUUGCUCCAUGCCGUGAUAGCUCCAGAAAGCUCAAGAUGCUUAGGAGGUCAGCUGGUUCUGAUGCUGCAUCUUCAUCGUCAAACCAGAACCCAGCGCUCCCCGCAAAACAAUCUUAGCGCUCGUUCCACCGUACAGACCUGUACUAACACACCUGUAAUAUGAUUGUCGUUGCUAAUUACAGGCAAGAAAAUAGCCUAAACACUCGUGCUAGCUCUACUGCAGUAUUUGAGUUGGAAUCGUGUACAGCGAGUAUGUGAUGUGUGUGUUUUUAACUGUACUUUGUUUUUGUUCGUGGACUUGCCUCUGGAAUCCGUAGCUUUGCUUCAUGAAGUGUUCAAUACUUUCGCCUA